CAUCAGCUUAAGGAACCUGUGUGUUUGUUUGACUGGCAGGUAUGUUUGUCUCACUCUCAGUCUCACCUAAAUUCUUUCUUUCUUUCCUUUUCCUUUCGCUCAUUUUUCUUUCUUCCCUUUCUCCAAUCUCAUCUCAGUCAUUCAAUUCCCUUCACAACCAAAUCCAUCCAAUGCUUUAUUUUCCUUUCAAGGAAAUAAAUUUCAGUUUACAAUUGGGGUAAGCUGAAUUUUUCGGAUUUUCCUAACUCUCACAAACUGGGCAUAUUCGAACACAAUUCAGAGUCUCUAAUUCAACACAAAGUUUUCAUUUUGAGUUUAUUUACACGUGGCUUCACUUCCUUAGAUUUGUAUGUAAAUUCCAUCUUUGUUCAUGUAUGGAGUUGUAGUAAAUUAGUAAUAGUCUCUCUUAUACCUUCAGUGUAAAUUUUAAGAAUGAUACAUAGAGUUGUGUCUAUUGAUUACUACUUGAUCAAACCCUAGUGGCAUAGGUUUUAGCUUUUUUGUUUUUUCGAAUUUUUUAUGAACUAUAAUUUUGAUAUGUAAGAUCUGUGAAGAUGCUUAGAACAUAGGCAUUGAUGUCAUUUAUCUGCGGGCUUCCUAUACUUGAGUGUGUUUAUUGUCUGGCCUGUGCUCGUUGGGUUUGGAAAAAAUGUCUGUACACUGCAGGCUAUGAGAGUGAAAAUUGGGGCCUGGCUACUGCUCAAGAAUUUGAGCCUGUGCCUCGAAUUUGUCGGCUAAUCUUAGCCGUCUACGAGGAGGAUAUUCGUAACCCUCAAUGGGCUCCCCAAGGAGGUUAUGGCAUUAAUCCUGACUGGGUUAUCUUGCGUAAGGACUAUGGCGAUAACCAAGGUCGUGUUACUCCCUACAUGAUAUACCUUGAUCAUGAUCAUGCAGAGAUCAUACUGGCUGUUAGUGGACUCAAUUUAGCAAAGGAAAGUGAUUAUAUAGUUUUGCUUGAUAACAAGCUGGGACAGGCAGAAUUUCAUGGUGGAUAUGUUCAUAACGGGUUAUUGAAGGCGGCAGGCUGGGUUUUUGAUGCAGAAUAUGAGAUUCUCAGGGAGCUAGUAGCUGAAAAUCCAACUUAUAUGCUAAUAUUUGCUGGGCAUUCUCUAGGGGCUGGGGUGGUUGCAUUGUUGACAAUGUUAGCGGUUCAUAAUCGAGACAAAUUAGGGAUACAGAGAAACAAGAUAAGAUGCUUUGCAAUAGCUUCUCCCCGGUGCAUGUCUCUCAACUUGGCUGUAAGAUAUGCAGAUGUGAUCAAUGCUGUUGUACUCCAGGAUGAUUUUUUGCCUCGAACAACUGCCGCACUAGAAGAUGUCUUCAAGUCACUUUUAUGUUGGCCCUGUCUAUUGUGUCUAAUGUGCUUAAAGGAUACUUGCACACUGGAGGAGAAGAAGCUUAGAGAUCCAAGGCGUUUGUAUGCACCUGGUCGUCUCUAUCACAUUGUGGAGCGAAAGCCCUUUAGGAUAGGAAGAUUUCCACCUGUUGUUCGGACAGCAGUACCUGUUGAUGGGAGGUUUGAGCAUUUAGUUCUUUCUUGCAAUGCAACUUCUGACCAUGCCAUCAUUUGGAUAGAGAGAGAAUCCGAAUGGGCUCUCAAUUUAAUGCGAGACAAAGAUGAGCAUAUGGAAUUUCCAGCAGAGCAGAAGAUGGAGAGGCAUGAAUCUAUAGCUCGAGAACACAGUGAAGAGUACCAUGCAGCCCUUCAGAGGGCAGUUGCUUUGGAUAUUCCACAAGCAUAUUCACCUUCAUCAUAUGGAACAUUUCAUGAAAUAGAUGUUGGGGAGGAUUCUGGAAGAUCAAGUGGCCAAGGUUCCUCCUUGUCUCAUAAAAAGAAACGAACACAAAGUUGGAAUGAAUUUGUUGGACGCCUGUUUGAUGUAGAUGACUCAGGUCAUAUGGUGAUCAAAAAGACUUCUCCAUAAAAUAUUUCUUUCGAUCAAAGCUUAAUAAAGCACUAUUUGCUUCUUCUUCGGUC